AUGGCGAACCACCCAAAAAAAUUAUGUGAAGGUCACAAUCCAGGAAUCCAGGAGGAAAUGUUAGAAAAGUCUAAGUGCUUGGAGGAAUGCGCGUCAAUGGUUUCAUAUUGCGUCGGCACGUCGCCCUUGAUCGUCUGCCAGCUGAACAUUAUAGUAUUUCUAACUUGCAUACUGCUUGCCGUUUUUACAGGCGUCGCAAUACCAAUGACAUGCCUUCUAUGUUAUGUGACCAGUUGGUGCUCCGACGUGAAACGAACAUGGCGACGUCUACAAGCGUCCGACGAAGAAAUAGUCAACCUGAAUCCACGAAGUGUACAA